GUGGGCGGAGCGCGGUGAUGGGUGUGGGCAUCUGGACCCUGAUAGACAAGAGUGAUUACCUGAGCCUGCUGGCCUCCAGCACCUUCGCCGUGUCCGCCUACAUCCUCAUCCUGGCCGGGGCCCUGGUCAUGGUCACGGGCUUCCUGGGCUGCUGCGCCGUCAUCAGGGAGCAGAGGAGCUGCCUGUCCACGUAUUUCUGCUGUCUGUUAUUGAUCUUUCUCAUAGAGCUGGUGGCAGGAGUCCUGGCCUACGUGUAUUACCAGAGGCUCAGUGAGGAGCUGAAGCAGCACCUGAAUGAGACCAUGACAGAGAACUACGCCCAGCCAGGGAAAGAGGCCAUCACCCUGGCCGUGGACAGACUACAGCAGGAUUUCAAGUGCUGUGGCAGCAACAACUCAUUUGAUUGGCUGCAUAGUGUGUACAUGACCUCGGCUGUGGCGGAGGGCAGGGUGGUCCCGGACAGCUGCUGUAAGACCAUCACCACCCUCUGUGGCCGCAGAGACCACCCCUCCAACAUCUACAAGACUGAGGGUGGCUGCAUCACCAAGCUGGAGCAGUUCCUGGCUGACCACCUGCUGAUCAUCGGAGCUGUGGGGAUAGGAGUGGCCUGUCUACAGCUGGCCGGGGCCAUGUUGACGGCCUGCUUUAUCUAUCUGCUGUAUAAAGAAGAGGAGGAGGACUUCUCUGCCGUGUGAUUGGCUAAGCCUCUGUCUGGUCACACUCAGUGGGGACGGGAUAAGAUCUGUGGGAUGGUGUUCACAUGCUGCUUACACAGAAGGAUUAAAUUGGAUCCUUACUGAACCCUACCGUCAAGCCCCCCCAACACCAUCCUGCCUCAUGGGCCAGGGAGCAACGAUGCCUGCUGAACACUCACCCUUGACCUCUAACCCCUCCUAACCCCUGAACCUUACGAUCCAACCCUGCCUGGACCUUCCUGGAUCCUUCUGCACCCCUCCUUUAGCUUGGAUGCAUGCACAGCCCCCUCUCUCAAAGACAAGGCCAAUGAAGAAGAGAUGAUUUGGUAUUAUGGUAUUGUUAUUUUCUGUAGGUAACCUGCUGCUGUUUAUGUAAGGUAGUUCUUACUGUAUGUUGUCAAUACAGUCAAAUCCUUACUGUAGAUUUCACAACAUUCCACACAACUGGAAGGCAACCCGAAGUGGUUGUGACUGAGAAUCAAGUGUACUGUACAAACUCUCAUGGUGUUGCUGCUUACGAAGGGUUAUUCAGUUAGUGCUAUAUCCAGUGUGUCACGGAUGUGGCCCACAACGUGCCUCUGUCAUUGUUUUAUCACGCAUUCUUUGAUAGCAAUGUUACACCAAUUUAAUGGUUCACCACAAAGGGAAUCCCAUGGUCAGCGAUGUUUGAUCUACGUCACAAAGAAAACAAUCAUGAGUUGAUUGAUAUCCACAGAAUAAUCAAGCCGAUAUGGGGAAAACUUGAUAUGAAUGAAAAUAGCACUAAACGCUGCUAAGAGAAACGUUGCAACAUUUCUGUAUGUGUUGCCUCCGUAGCUUGACUAACACAUGUGGUUCUGUGUUGUAUGCUAUGCUAAAGGUGUUGAUAUCGGCGGAAUUGCCUUUCUUGCAGUACCAUAUAAACCUACCACUCAUCUUUCAAUACCAGAACCAAUUGACUUAUUUUACAACCACUUUUAUGCUGGAGAAACAUGUUGUCAUUUACCACUGAUACAGCUUCAGAUCUUUCUCUGUCACGCUACUGGUUAAGAUUAGGAUUCAGGGGUUAUGGGUGACUUCUAGUUGAACGGGAGAGGUUUGAACUGUCAUGAGUCAGUCCUCUCCUCUGGUGUGAGUUAGAGUCAGUCCUCUCUGGUGUGGGUUAGAGUCAGUCCUCUCCUCUGGUGUGGGUUAGAGUCAGUCCUCUCCUCUGGUGUGGGUUAGAGUCAGUCCUCUCCUCUGGUGUGGGUUAGUAUCCCCAUCCAGUGGUAGAUAUUGGUAUAUACUCCUGUGUAGUGCUCCUGUAGUAUUCUGUGUAAGGUUGCCAUAUUUGGAGAACUUUCAAUAAAUUCCCUGGUUUUCCAGAAACCUGUUUGGGGGAUUCCGGAUUGUCUGCUUAUUCCCUCCAGAUUCCAGGAUUCCUCCAACCGAGAUUUCAGGAAAACCAGGGAAUUUCUUGAACGUUGCCGAAAUUUUGCAACUCUAUUUCUGUCUGAUUGGUUGUGGAGCAGCCAGGCAGCCUUGCAUCGACUACUGCUUCUAAAGACUAACUACAUUCCUCAAGGCAGAAGAUAUAUUUACAUGUUAUUGUUUCCUACGACUUAGAACAUGUCUGAUAAGUUUCCACAAGAGAGCAUUCAUUGGCUUGACUAUUGUCAAGGACACAUUCAAAUAGUAUUGGUUGCCCAUUACCAAGACAGGACAUGGGUCUUUGUUGUUUAGGAGUGCUGGUAAUUCAGCUGACCAAUUCCAGUUGAUACAAUGACAACAAUCCUUUGUCAAAGCUCUAUGGAUGUUUUGCUGUUUUCCAAGAGAUGAAGACACUUAUACAGAUGGUAUUUUCUCUAUUCCUCCGAGUGACCAACAGAAAGCUGUUCUUGUUAUUCAUGUAUUUUUCUAAUCGAAAUGGGUCAGAAUAUGAUAUAACAUUAUAGUAUGUAUAAUAUAAAAUAUAUAAUAAAACAUAUGAUCGGGGCUCUUUCUGUACUGUAGACUGUAGUAAUCAAAGUAUGCCUUUGUCUGUUUAACAACAAUGUCACAAUAGCUUUUGAAUUUAUGUUGAUGGUAGUCUUUAACCGGAUAAACUUUAUUUGUGUUUCCUACAUCAUUCAGUGGUUUGGUAUUAUGAUUCCCUGCCGUUCUCUUUGCAUCAAUGUCUUGAAUGUUUUGUUACAGUAUAUGACUAUUGCUACUUUAAGACAUCAUAAAAUGUUGAUAUUUAUACUCUGAGAUAUGAAGAAGGUUAUACGUGCACAGACCAUGUUUGAAAGAAGUGCAUAUGGAUGGACACAUUCAUCUUCAGCGACAUGUAGUCUAUCUUUUAAGAGUGUUGCAAGGUAAACAAAUCUGCCAAUGUGCCCUUGAGGAAGGCACUUUACCCCAAUUGCUCCUGUAAGUCUCUCUGGAUAAGAGCGUCUGCUGAAUGACUCAAAUGUAAGUGUUUGUCAAAGCUGAUGUGACAAUGGUAUUGGGGUGCACUGUAUGACUUGUUCUAUACAAUAUGAUGACAUAAAUGGUUCCUAAACCUUACUCAAUAAAUAUAAUACUAUAUUACUGA